AUGUCUGACGACGAUGAUUUCAUGCACGACUCUGCGGAUGAGGAAUAUGACUUCGAGUACGAAGAUGCAGACGACGACGAGACAGAAGAUAUUGGGAUCGAAAACAAGUACUACAAUGCCAAACAGAUCAAGGUCGACAAUCCAGAGGAAGCGAUUGACGAGUUUCUGGGGGUACCCGCUUUGGAACAGGACAAGGGAGAUUGGGGCUUCAAAGGGUUGAAACAAGCGAUCAAGCUUGAGUUCAAACUCGGGAGAUACAGCGAUGCUGUCGAACACUACAGGGAACUCUUAACGUACGUCAAAUCGGCGGUCACGCGAAAUUAUUCCGAAAAGUCGAUCAAUAACAUGCUUGACUAUAUCGAGAAGGGGUCGGAUGACGACAAGGCGUACCAGUGCAUGGAAGAGUUCUACUCCCUCACUCUCAACUCCUUCCAGAACACGAACAAUGAGCGAUUGUGGCUUAAGACGAAUAUUAAACUGGCCCGUCUGUGGUUGGAACGAAGGGAGUAUGGCCAAUUGAGCAAGAAAGUGCGGGAGUUACACCGAGCAUGUCAGAGGGAGGAUGGGUCGGAUGAUCCCAGCAAGGGCACAUAUCUGCUUGAACUAUACGCGCUAGAGAUUCAGAUGUACGCCGAGACGAAGAACAACAAGCGGCUAAAGGCCCUCUAUCAACGCGCCCUCCGCGUACGGUCGGCGGUACCCCACCCCAAGAUCAUGGGAAUCAUUCGAGAAUGCGGAGGAAAGAUGCACAUGAGCGAGGAGAACUGGGAGGAGGCGCAGAGCGACUUCUUCGAGUCUUUCCGAAACUACGACGAGGCGGGCUCGAUGCAACGGAUCCAGGUGCUCAAGUACCUCGUGCUGACCACCAUGUUGAUGAAAUCGGAUAUCAAUCCCUUCCACUCGCAAGAGACAAAGCCGUACAAGAAUGACCCCCGCAUCUCCGCGAUGACCGAUCUGGUCGACGCUUUCCAGCGGGAUGACAUUCACGCAUACGAGGAGAUCCUAAGCAAGAACCCGGACGUGCUGGCCGACCCCUUCAUCGCAGAAAAUAUCGACGAGGUUAGCCGAAAUAUGCGGACCAAGGCCAUUCUCAAACUGAUCGCCCCAUACACCCGAUUUACGCUUAGCUUCAUUUCUAAACACAUCAAGAUUUCGGUCACAGAAGCCCAAGACAUCCUUGGCUUCCUUAUUCUUGACAAGAAACUAAACGCCAAGAUCGACCAGGAAAGUGGCACGGUCGUAGUCGAAAGCGCCAGCGAUGUGGAGCGACUCCGGUCCGUACAGGAGUGGAACGAAUCCCUCCGGGUACUCUGGCAAGUGACUCUGAACGACGGGGAUGGCUUCAAAAACGACGAUGUCUCGCAGCCGACCGGGAUGGGCAUGCGAGGACCCAUGCUCUACCAAUCGGGCUUUGACGACGAUGCUGCGGGACUACUACGUUCUGGCGGCCACCGAUCGCGGAGAGGGGGGAAGGGUAACAAAGCAGGAGGAGGAGGACUCAAGGCUGGGUCGGGGCUGUUUUAG